AUGUCCGCAGUAAAAGCAGCCCGCUACGGCAAGGACAAUGUCCGCGUCUACAAGGUUCACAAGGACGAGAAGACCGGUGUCCAGACGGUGUACGAGAUGACCGUCUGUGUGCUUCUGGAGGGUGAGAUUGAGACCUCUUACACCAAGGCCGACAACAGCGUCAUUGUCGCAACCGACUCCAUUAAGAACACCAUUUACAUCACCGCCAAGCAGAACCCCGUUACUCCUCCCGAGCUGUUCGGCUCCAUCCUGGGCACACACUUCAUUGAGAAGUACAACCACAUCCAUGCCGCUCACGUCAACAUUGUCUGCCACCGCUGGACCCGGAUGGACAUUGACGGCAAGCCACACCCUCACUCCUUCAUCCGCGACAGCGAGGAGAAGCGGAAUGUGCAGGUGGACGUGGUCGAGGGCAAGGGCAUCGAUAUCAAGUCGUCUCUGUCCGGCCUGACCGUGCUGAAGAGCACCAACUCGCAGUUCUGGGGCUUCCUGCGUGACGAGUACACCACACUUAAGGAGACCUGGGACCGUAUCCUGAGCACCGACGUCGAUGCCACUUGGCAGUGGAAGAAUUUCAGUGGACUCCAGGAGGUCCGCUCGCACGUGCCUAAGUUCGAUGCUACCUGGGCCACUGCUCGCGAGGUCACUCUGAAGACUUUUGCUGAAGAUAACAGUGCCAGCGUGCAGGCCACUAUGUACAAGAUGGCAGAGCAAAUCCUGGCGCGCCAGCAGCUGAUCGAGACUGUCGAGUACUCGUUGCCUAACAAGCACUAUUUCGAAAUCGACCUGAGCUGGCACAAGGGCCUCCAAAACACCGGCAAGAACGCCGAGGUCUUCGCUCCUCAGUCGGACCCCAACGGUCUGAUCAAGUGUACCGUCGGCCGGUCCUCUCUGAAGUCUAAAUUGUAA